AUGGCUAACCAUUAUGCAGAAUCUGCGCCCAUCGCACUUCAAACUGUCUCAUACAUUCAAGCCGCAUCCGCAGCAGCUUUUUUUUUUGACUUUUGCAUCACUUUCAGCUCAGAGGUUCGCUGGACAUGGGGGAGAAAGUGGGGGAUUGUGAGGAUAGCCUUUGUUAUUUUUCGCUAUCUGCCAAUUAUAGGAUUUGCUAUCACGAUGCUACCACUGUCGAGACAACUCUCAGAGGAAUUCCAAUUAUUAUUAUUGGAAGUCAUCAUCAUAUUGACUGGUGCUGCUGCUAGAGCCUUGUUCGUAACAAGGACGUAUGCGUUCUGUGCAUUGGAAAAGAGGAUCGUGAUUGCGAUAUCAUUGUUUUCCACGGUCGUAACAGCAACUGCAGUAACAAUCGUAAUUGUUGUCGAGAGUGAUCCCGGAGAUGUUAUACAGUACGAUGGUGUAUUCGAGGAGGAACGACACCUUAGCAUUUGUUAUGGCUUGCUCGCGAUUCAUGAGAUUGGAUUGAUGUCGCUGACAAUGCACAAACGCUUCAAAUUUUACAGACAGCAAAAUACUCCAUUAAUUGCUACUGUAUAUCGCGAUGGCAUGUUUUACAUGCUGUGGAUUGUUCUCGCCUCGGUAGCGAAUUGCAUCGGUUUUCUUGUGCUUCCUCUAUCAUAUGCUUCUCUUUUCACGAGCCCGCAGCUAGUUCUGCAGAGCGUUCUUGCCUCACGCAUCCUGUUCAAUCUGCGAGCAACGAACGAAUUGCCGGAUGAUGUUCUAAUCUGGCCAGUUGCUUCUGGAAUGGUUUUUGCCCCGAUCCAAACACCAUCAGGCGCGGAUCGUCUCGACCUACUAGAUAUUACAGACUUGUGA